CCCUGGGGGGAGGAGAGGGGGAGGUUCUGUUCUGCUGCAGACUUUAGGUUCCGAUUAGAAAGUGGACCUUCUGCUUAGAGACCAUCUGAUCUAAGAGCUGCAGGUUUUCUUUCCACCAAAUUCAGAAUAAAUAGAUCAUGGUACCGACGCCCCGCCCCCUCCCCCUACCUGCGACAAGGUGAGACGGGACGGAGAUGUGGGGGAGGGAUCUGAGCAGAGAGGCAGUCUGAGGAGAGCAGUGGGGAGACUUGGACUCAACGGGACUCUACAGGCAGGCUGGGCCGAACGGGACGGAUUUGGACCGGACUGAACUGAGGCUCAGAACCAUCAGCUCGGUCUCAGAACGCUGCCUGCUGCCGUUUCCCUCGGCCCCCACGCCGGCGCCGUGUUUCCAGGACCAUGUUCCGCCGCAGGAAGAAGAAGCACCGGCUGGAGAUCUCAGCACCGCAGAACUUCCAGCACCGCGUCCACACGUCCUUUGAUGUCUCCACCGGCCGCUAUGUGGGUUUGCCGCCUCAGUGGCAGAGCGUCAUCGACACGCUGAGGAGGCCACGCCCACUGGUGGACCCAUCCAGGAUCACAAACAUAGAGCUGGAGCCCAGAAAGACCAUCGUUCGCGGCAGCUUCAUCGGCCACGGCGACUACAUCAGCCACGUGAUCUCCGAGAUGAGCCGCGUGUCCGUCACCAGCUCCAACUCCCUGCGGCGCACAAGCCCGUCGGCACGGAAACGAGCCCAGUCGAUGGGUCGGCUGGGGGAGCUGGCGGAGGACGAGUCAUACCACUACCUGGAGAUCAGUCGGCGAAGCAGCAGCGUCAAAGCCGGCGGCGCCGCCACCUACUGGCAGGACCGUAUUCGCCAGGUGCGCAGCGAGAGUGGCAGCCCCCGAGUGAACAGGGACCUGCAGAGAACCAAGUCCAGCAGCCAGGUGAGUGCAGUUCCUGAGGAAGCUCCACUCAGCCCCAGCCCGCCGCAGAUGGAGGAACCAGGGGCCCGGAGACAGAGACCCGCCUACCAUCAGCACCAUCUGCAGGAAGCGGAGAGCAGCAGGCCUCAGAUGAGACCUAGACCAGGAGCAAACCACCUGCCGGACCUACUGGCCUCUUCCAGAGAGGGCCCUAGGAGGCCCCACUCUUCGUAUGACCUGAAGCUGCCUUCUCCUCGCCCACGCCCGCCUCCACCCAGCAGCCCCAUCAACACAGGCAGAGUGCUGCCUCCGCCCUCACCCCAUCAGAAGAGCCCCCCGCUGACCCACCCCUCCCCCACCGCCUCCCCCGGCCCUCCCCCGGAGAAAGGUCCUCAGAAAGUGACCCAUGAGCAGUUCAAGGCGGCGCUGCAGAUGGUGGUGGACCCAGGGGACCCAAGGCUGACUCUGGAGAACUUUGUGAAGAUUGGGGAGGGGUCCACAGGGGUGGUUUGCAUCGCCCGAGAAAGACACAGCGGGCGGCAGGUGGCGGUGAAGAUGAUGGAUGUGAGGAAACAGCAGCGCAGAGAGCUGCUGUUUAAUGAGGUGGUCAUCAUGAGGGAUCACAAACACCCCAACGUGGUGCAGAUGUUCCGCAGCGCUCUGGUGGAGGACAAGCUGUGGGUCAUCAUGGAGUACCUGCAGGGCGGCGCUCUGACCCACAUCAUCGGUGAAACCAGGCUCAACGAGGAGCAGAUAGCCACGGUGUGCGAGGGCGUCCUGCAGGCGCUGUCCUACCUCCACUCCCAGGGCGUCAUCCACAGAGACAUCAAGAGCGACUCCAUCCUUCUAACCCUGGACGGCAGGAUAAAGCUCUCCGACUUUGGUUUCUGCGCUCAGAUCAGCGAAGACGUCCCCAAGAGGAAGUCUCUGGUGGGGACGCCGUACUGGAUGGCUCCUGAGGUGAUCUCCAAGGCGCCAUACGGCACCGAGGUGGACAUCUGGUCUCUGGGGAUCAUGGUGGUGGAGAUGGUUGAUGGUGAGCCUCCAUAUUUCAAUGAAACGCCCAUCAGUGCCAUGAAGAAGCUGAGGGACGAAGCAGCUCCGUCAGUCAGGAACGUGCAGAGGUUGUCUCCAGUGCUGAAAGACUUCCUGGACUGCAUGUUGACCCGUGAGACGCCACAGCGCAGCGGCGCCGUCGACCUGCUGGAGCAUCCCUUCCUGCUGCAGGCUGGUCCGCCCCGAUGCCUUGUACCCCUAGUGGAGCAGCACCGCAAACGAAUGUCGCUCUGCUGAGGGUCACUUAUUCUUCUUGUGCUUCACCUGGAAGCACAAA